AUGAAUCAACAACCACAAAACAGAAUAGAAGAAAAGAAAACAAACUUGGCAAGACCUUCUGUUCCAGGAUCUCCAUUACCAACCCAUCCAUUGAGACAUGUCAUUGUAGCAGCCAAGGAUGGUCAGACUGGACAAGACAUGAAACUACAUUAUACACAUGAAAAAGUGAUUGGCAAUGGGUCAUUUGGUGUUGUCUAUCAAGCGAAAUUGAUGCAUAACGGUGAAUAUGCAGCUAUCAAAAAGGUAUUGCAGGAUAAACGAUUUAAGAACCGAGAAUUAGAAAUGAUGCGAUUAAUGUAUCAUCCCAAUAUAUGUUGUUUGAUUGCUUAUUUCUAUAAUCAAGGUGAAAAGAAAGAUGAAAUCUUUUUGAAUCUAGUGAUGGAAUAUGUGCCAGAGACUGUUUAUAGAGUAGCGAGACAUUAUGCCAAGAUUAGACAACCUAUACCCAUUUUGCAGGUCAAGAUUUAUAUGUAUCAACUAUUUAGAGCAUUGGCUUAUUGUCAUAGUAUUGGUAUCUGUCAUCGAGACAUUAAACCACAAAACCUGUUAUUAGAGCCUAUCAGUGGCAUAUUGAAACUAUGUGAUUUUGGAAGUGCAAAGAUUUUGAAUUCAGGGGAUUCAAAUGUAUCUUAUAUCUGUUCUCGGUAUUAUCGUGCACCCGAACUUAUUUUUGGUGCAGCUGAAUAUUCUAUCAAGAUUGAUGUUUGGUCUGCUGGUUGUGUGAUGGGUGAAUUGUUGCUAGGACAACCCUUGUUUCCAGGGGAAAGUGGCAUUGAUCAACUGGUUGAGAUUAUCAAAGUAUUAGGUACUCCUUCAAGAGAACAGAUUGAAUUGAUGAAUCCAGAUUAUCAUGAUCAUAAAUUCCCUUUGAUUAAACCACACCCUCUUGAAAAGAUCUUUAGACUAAGAACACCGCCAGAAGCCAUUGGUUUAAUGUCAAGCAUCUUACAGUACAAUCCACUAGCAAGACCAACAGCUAUAGAAGCGCUUGCACAUCCAUUUUUUGAUGAACUACGUGAUCCUGACACAAAAAUGCCUACAGGAAAACCACUUCCUCCUUUGUUUAAUUUCACUACUGAAGAAUUAGCUAUUCAGCCAGAAUUGAAUAAGAAACUUGUUCCACCCCAUUGCUAUGAUGAACUAGCCUCAAGAGGCAUUCAUAUUUAA